AUGGACAACGAGAUACUUUUUAUGAUUCCUCAUGCUUCAAUUGGAGCUUUUUUCAUUUUGUCAGUUAUUCCAUGGAUUGCUGAAAAAUUUCGAUUGAGAUUCCAACUUUUUGCUCACUGUCUCCUCGCACUGUUAUUCUUCUGGGUACCAACUUACUUUCUAAAAGCCACGGUAAGAUUUUUGAGCUGAAAAUCUUAUUUAAUUUUUUAUUAUUAUUAUUAGGUAUCCGGACAAUUCAACACUCUUCACGGAUUUUUGCAAUCAUUUUGCUCUGCUGUCCACGUUGGCCACAGUUAUCUUCUAUACAAAACCUUGGAUCAGGGCAAACCUGAGCAAUCGAUAAUUUUCUCAAGAGUUGUCACUGCGUUUAUUUCACUGUUGACUCGAAGUUUUGCUGCGUGGCAUUUGAGUGAGAAAUCGACAAGGGGACUUCUCAUUACGGACAAUGUGAGUAAAAAAAGUUUUGAAAAUUGAACUAAUUUCAGAAAGUUGAAGGUUUUGGGUGAAAGUUUCUUUUUUUUUUUGAAUUUUCCCUAAACGAUAUUGGUAGAUGAACUGCAAAACCCCAUUCUUUUCUAGUCAAGUUUCAACAUUUUCAGUUCCUCUACGCUGUUGUGCUCACCGAUGGUCUCUGGUUUCUUACCGAUCUCUUUCGUAUGUAUCGCAACAAACGGACCACCCAAGAAGAAAUCGACAUGAUGGUUAAACGAACCACCCUUUGGGUUGAAGGAAAAGGCUCGCACUAUGUUGAAAAUGCGCUUUAUUUCGAUGCCGGCCUCACAAUUACCUAUGCAAUUAUUCAUUUUGCAUUUCCACAACACGUUUUGAGAUUGAUUGUGAGUUUUGGAAAUUUAUUAUGUAUGGGGCUUUGAAAUUUAGAUUUUUGGAGAACAUUUUUUUCAAUUCUUGGUUUGGUUUAGAAAAAAAAAUGAAAGGUUGGGUACAAAAUUAAAAUCGGUUUCAUUUCAAAAACCAUGAUAGAUUUCAAAGAAAAUAAACGGUUUCUCGCAUAAUUGGUUUCAAUUGGAAAAAAAUAUACCAUUUUUUGAAUUUCUUGAUCUCUGAAACACAAAACCCAUUAAUAUUUGUAGAUCAAAACCGAGCACACACUCGAUUCUCAUCAUUAUCUAUGGUGUCGUAUCUUUGGAGCUCUGAACUUAAUGCCAGCAAUUUCUUCAAUGUCCGCAAAAUUUUACUCGCCAGAAUUGCAAGUCACCUACUUCGCCAGUAGACUUUUGGUAAGUCCCAGAACAUUUCAGAUUUGAAUUGAAUAAUAGUUUUUUUUUUGCAGACUCAAUGCACAGUAUUUCUCCUGAAUAUUUAUGGACACUGGAUUCUCGCUGUUUAUUCAGCAAACCAUAUCACUGCUUUCAUGAUCAGCGGUUUUUUCUCGUCGUUUUUGUUUUCAGUUUUUCACAGACUUUUUAAACUUUAUUUUGAUGAUGUAAGUUAUUUUCAAAAUCAAGUUUUUUUUCACAAAUUUAAUUUUUUCAGGAAGAAGCUCAUGAGCCGGAACGAUAUGAUGAGAAAAAGGAAAAACGGACCAUUAAGAAACGCGAAUAA